AUGGGGGCUCCCGCCUACCUCCCCCGUCGCUCUCCAGCAAGUACGGGUCUCCUCGUCGAAAACGAGAUCAACCUUAGGGAAGAACCUGUCGGUCAAUAUCCCGGGCUCGGUGACGCGCCUAAAGGACUCAGCGGCCAGCUUGAGCCAGAUCAUGCUAGCACAGUUUGCCAAAGCAGACAAGCCCGCCGGCCCAGCCGUCCUGCAAGUCGCGUCGACAAAACCACUGAGGAAAAGGGGCUGACCGACGCGAUAAACACGACCUCAAAACACCGCCACGGCGACACCGCCGCCGCUGGCACCAGCGACAGCAACAACAACCACGACGGCUGUCCCGGCGUCAAUACCGGCAUUGGCACCACCACAAUACGCGCCGGCGCCCUCUGA